CGUACGUCAUUCUCUAUUUAUAUUGUAGGCGGACAGUGCUGUCGUUGCAUAUAAGGACUUGCUUGCAGUGUCCAGUUUGUGCGUGCAUUUGUCGGGCUUGAGAUAUUAAUUAAGUGUCAGGUGCGGUAAAAGAACGCAUCUGUCUCAUUCGAAUGGUUAAUUGAAGAAUGUUGGGGGCAGGUGCGCCCGCGGUUUUCCUCGUGAAUGUUAAAGGUUGCUGAAAGGGUUACGGUUUGGGAGGCUGCGCUGUUCGAGAUUUCUUGAUCAUACGAGGCAUGCUUUCGCUUCCGGGCGAGCAGUCAGAGAUUUUACAGAGCGUCGGGUGAACAUCCACAACGAUAGAACGAGCAUCGAUGCUUCGUGCAGGCAGGAUGGAGGAGUUUGUUACGGAGGAAGAUGAGCCAUGGUACGACCAACGAGAUUUGGAGCAGGGUGAGUAGACUGACACCAUUGUUGUUACAUUGUGGCGGUUGUGGUUAUAUUUGUUGCAGGUUUUGUUUAGCGUUGUAUGCGAAUCGUUCCGUUACAAUGUUACAGUAAAAACAGUCACAGCAAAAAGCAGCUGAUGCUGACUACGGACCUCAUCACUGUCAUUUAAUGCAACGACCUGAAGAUGUAUCAAAUGAUGCUAAUUGACCCUUCUAGAAAAUAAGACAAUAUUAUUGACAUUGUUCAUUUUGAAGAAUUCAUGACAUGUUCAGUCAUUUUGGCUCUAUAUACAAGCGUGCUUAUCUGGAAUGGACUACUGUCUUAAUUGUAAAUAUUAUCCUUGAUAUAAUCAAACUGACAUUUUGUGAUGGAGCUCAUGCACUUUCUAAGACCGACCCCAACACCCCAAGUCCCAUACAUUUGAGAAGAAGGCGUGGGAACUAUCGAAAUGCUGCUGCAGGUUUCACCUGUCAGACCAUGUUACACACACACUCUCUCUCUCUCUGUGUUCUUCUCUCUCUGUGUUCUACUCUCUCUGACACACACAGGCCUACUUCCAUCUCUCUCAUUUCCACCUCUCUGUGUAUAGGCACUGCUCUAGACUUCCCCUUAAUAAAUUAUGGAGCUCCCUGCCUUUGCCAAUUAUUCUGAUCUUGUCAGUGAAGUGCGUGUUCUCAGAAUAACCCUACUGUCCGUCUGAUUUCACCAUCCAUCUCUCUCCUCAUAUAUGAUGGAUGGUCACGUGCCAACCCUUGGCCCUCAGGGUUAUUUUCCUCAAAUCACCAAAAUGCUGAGUCGUGGUUCUGCCUGGCACAGGGAUGUGCUGGUGAGGUAUUAGGUGAUAGAGCCUGCCGGAGAGUUGGCAGACAAACAGAGAGAUGGUGGGAUAUUCAGGGAGAGAAAUGGUUGACAUUCUCAGGAUUAUGUGGAAUUGUGAACAAAGAUUAUAUGGAGUUGCAAUCUCAGAGUGAGGAAAAUGUCAGAGUUCUGUCUUUUUAAAUAUAUUACUGGCUAGACUGGAGACACAGGACAUUUACUAACCACUCAUAUCUGUACUCUGAUGAAUCAUAGGGAUUAACAAUGGAGACUCUCCCAAUGAAGCUAUGUUUCGAGAUGCUUGUUGAAAGGCACAUAAUACAUACAACCUUUUCAAUUCACCCAGGGCUUAGUCUGAUAAUACAUCCCUCCUAUAGAGUGACACACCCCUUUUGUAUCUGUUCUGCAAUUAUUUGAUUUAGUUAACUCAAUUGAAACCCAUCGUCUGUCGCUUCCUCCACUAAUGGCUAGAUAGACAUAGAUGAGGGCAUGUGUAGUCACCGAUCUCUGAUCUUAUCCCCAUAUUUCUAAACAGAAUGGGAAAGAAGCUAUCGUUUUAGCAUUUUAAAUGUCCCCACAAAUUAUGAUAUAGAUCAAAGCUGUAUUUUCCUAGCAAUCAUUCAUUCUAAAGGGUAAGGUUGGUAUAUUAGGAUAGUAGGUGGUGUGAGUUCCAGAUGGUGUGAUGAGGUAUGUAGAUGUCCUUCCCUAGCCCAGGCCUUGCCUCGUCCUCCACAUCACCUCAUUGACCGAUUUACCCGAUGACCCAGAGAAUGAAAGCAUUUGCGUCUCAUCAGUGUUUCGCUGGUCUGGUCAGAGUUUGGCAACCAGGUGGAUUCUGCUGUUCUGCAGCCAGCAGUAGGCUCUAUCUCAUCUCACAGUGUUAUUCAAUAUGGAGAGUCAGAGCAUUAAGCCCAGCUGGAUGAUCUGAUUAGGGGGCCCCAGACACGGCCUCUAAGGCUGGGGAUCAGAGAUUUCAGCCUGGGGGUUAGAAAGAUUUUGGAGGCGACCCUGCAUGUAAAAUUGUAUUAGUACAGUUUUAGCAUGCUGUUCCAACCAAGGGGUCAUAUUGUAUUUGCUAUGGUCUACUUCCACUCACUUUCACACACGGAGUGAGUAUGUGAUCAUUAUGUAAGUGAUCUGUAUUCAGGGCUGCUCACCUAUUGCCCUCAGUGGUCAUUAUCAUCAGCUCAACAUGUGUAGCCUGUCUGUCCAGAUGGUAGGUAUGAUGUCAUAGUUGUAGCAGCUGGUGCAGUGUGGUUGUGAUGUGCUUCACUAGAUGCUAUAUGAGUUAUACACAUCUGAGGGCAUAAGGAUGAUGCAGAGCCACACGUGCAGAAGGCUGUAGUGCACAUGAGCUGUGUGUGUGCCAAGGUUGCCAUGGGGAGAUGUCAGUUUGACAGUGAUGUCAUUGCUUUGUGCUGUUACAAUUCUUUAUAUGGUAUUCACUUGUACUUAAUGAAGUGGGUACAUGAUUUAUCCUAUUUACUGGGAUAUCUCUUGCCCUCUCUCAGCAAGCUUCUAACAACCGUUGUGCGGCAGCCUAAGAUUACAUCAUUUUUAGGCCUUAGACAAUGUGUACCAGGCACGUGUGUGUUGGUCACGUAGUGUUUGUGUUGUAGAUGAUAGGACCUGGGGGGAAUGCUCACCCCCCCCCCCCCCCCCCCCCCCCCCCACACACACACACACACACACACACACACACACAAGAGCCUUUGGUACUGUUUAUAUAAUACAGACCCUUAUCAGUCUUCUAGUUCUCUCUCUGUUAUCAUCUGUCCAUUGUGUUAAAACAGGAAAUUACAGCCUGACCUUGGGCUGUAGUGGAGAUAUGGUAGCCUACAGAUGAGCUAAUUACAUUUUUAGCUAUGUGUUGAAGACGGGCCUCUUGUCCUCUGCCUCUCUGUCCUUUUUUAUUUGUUAGCUCCUGUUGCCUUACUUGCGUUAUCUUUCUGAUACACACACACACAGCUACUGCUCCAGGCAGCCAUACUAUAAUUAAACUCAUCUCCCUUGUGAUUUAGAUGUGUACUGUGCAGCAGCAGCAUGGUGUUCCCCACUGUUAUGUUCCUGUUAGUGCUGACACCAUGCAUUGUGCUGAUAAAAUGCUGCAUUCAUGUUCCUUAAUGGAGGUAAAUUGUUCUCAGUUUCACACCCCUCUCCUACUCCCAAUGUACUGUCAUGGGCUCUGAGUAGUGGGGCAGGCAUGUUGGAGCCAGGAGCCAGCACAGCUCCCCUCCUCAUCCCUACUCUCAGUCCAUGUAGGCCUCGUCACUGCAGCAGCCGAUGAAUAAUGGAUCCAUCAAGCUGCUCGUGGAAACCAAGUGGCUCGCUGCCCUUAGCCCUCCCAGUGCUUUGUUGUUCAGAUGGGAUCAUGUUUGUAUGUGUGUUUAUUUGUGGAGAUGUUUGUCAAAGCAGAUUGAGAGCAGAGAUGUGCUGGGGUUUAUUGUUUAACCUUUUCCCCAGAAACCAAUCUUGUUGUGACAAUAAAGGAUAUUUGUGUAGUAACCAAUGCAGAGAGACUAUUGAUUUAGCUAAAACCUUUAUGCUUGUAUGUACAGACUGUACAGACGCUCUUCUUUUGGAGUGGGGUAAUAAGAACUAAGAGGGAUAUUUCUGUCAUUCUGACCAUGAGUAAUGGUCAAUGAGUUCUGAGAUGACCUGUAUUGGUGUGUUCUGCCCAGAGUAAUCCAGACAGAGCCUGUGCUAACUAGGUUUUCUCCCUUAGUCUCCUCCUUUCUCCUGCAGUCAGCCUCCAUUUUCUUGAGCUCAUCUUGGCAGAGGUCACGAAAGCUGGUGUUAUUCAGAAAAGAUAGAGGAUUAAAAAAAUAGACUCCAGCAGGGGGAAUUGAAUGAGGGGAUUUUCUCUCUACUGCUCGCUCUUAUUGAAUUUGAAAUGAGGAGGCGAAGUCUUAAAUUCAUCACUUUAAGGAAAGCCAGAAAGCAUUGCAUUAAUGGAGUUAAAACAGUCCACAAGGAUCCAAUGCAAUACUUGAACUGAGCUGGGCAGCAGCAACCAAUAUUACUGGCGGGUGAAAUGUGAAUGACCGAGUUAAAAUAGUUGUGUUUUUCUGUGUCCAGACCAGUACUCUCACCACUGUCUCUCUCCGUCCUCCUCUCUGUCCCCUCUCACAGAUCUGCACCUGGCAGCCGAGCUGGGGAAGACCCUUCUGGAACGCAACAAGGAGCUGGAGGACUCCCUACAACAGAUGUACAUCAACAAUGAGGAACAGGUGCAGGAGAUCGAGGUACAGCAUGACACCACUUUGGCACCACUUUCACUAACUAUAUGUGAGCGUGUGUACAUGUCAUGAUUGAUCCUGCAAAGUGCACUGCUGCUGGUUCGAAUCCUAGAGCCGACUAGGUGAAAAAUCUGUAAGUCGCUCUCGAUAAAAGCGUCUGGUAAAUUACUAAAAUGUAAAAAAUAUUUAAUGUUGAAUUGCUGAGAGGCCAUAUUGGCAAGCAUGGCUCCAGACUGGUGUGUUAGCUGGAAUGUGUGGGUUUUAAACUGCUGACGAUGCACUUGAUGAUCCUGCAAAGUGCCUCUUCUCUCUAGGCUAGCACAAUUACAUUCUCCUUGAUGUGCCAUCAAGCCAUUUAAACCCUGCAGAGCUCUGAUAGCAGAGGUGCAGAGUGCAACUGCAUGAGAGCGCGAGAGGAAGCGAGAGAGAGAGAGUGUGUUUACUUAGUGUGCGGCUGUGUGGGAGAGGGGAACCCACUGACUCCUCUGAGUGAAAUCUGCCACCUCAUUAGACAACAAAGACUGCCUUAUUAGGCAACAACAAAGCUGCCUGCUGAUGGCCACAUCAACCAAUCACACACUUUAAUCUGCUGGAGAAGAAGAAUAAAGUUGAUCCACACUUGUUUGUGUAGACGGGAAUUAGGAAACUGUGACACUAUGAUCUUGCUUAACCUUCAUGGAAUCCUGUCAAAUCUAUGUGACUGAUUUUAAUUGACAGCAAAUCCUGAGUGUGUCUGGCAUUGAGUGUCAUUGGAUGUAUCUCAAUAGUCUAAAACGGCUUCCUCUCCUCCUCUUGUCUCCUUCAUCUGCACUGAUGUAACAUAUAGAUGUCCAGUUAUUUUACAUCCGUUUUAGACUAUUUAAAUACAGUCUCGGUAUAUGUGUCUCCCUGUAAGGUCCAUGUCUUCAUUCACAUGUAUAUUCCCCCUGCAGUACUUGUCCAAGCAGCUGGAGAUGCUGAGGGAGAUGAACGAGCAGCAUGCAAAGGUCUACGAGCAGCUAGACGUGACAGCCAGAGAGCUGGAGAUCACCAAUGAGAAACUGGUUAUAGAGAGCAAGGCCUCGCAGCAGAAGAUAGACAGGUGAGGGGGAAUACUCUCCUGAGUUGUGCUAGCUGCUAUGAUCCACAAUAUGAGCAUUCACUCUAUGUAAGACUGUGUACCAUGACCUGUUUCUUCAUGGUGUUUAUACCAAUGAUUUCUAAGAAAUGCUAAGAAAUAUUUGGGUUAAGAGUUAACAAGCUUAGUUCUUGAAUGGUUCCUACUGUUCAUAGUAAAUAAAUGCCUCACCGUUGUUUUCGUAACACAGGCUCAGUAUAGCCACAGUACAGUAUUGUACAUUAUGUCGUGAUGUAAAUAAGAUUUAGUCCACUUUUGUUAUGUGAAGGCUUCGUUUUAUGUGUGUGUGUGUUUACAGGUUGACGGGUACCAUGGAGACACUGCAGGCCCAGGUGGAUACCAUGACAGCUCGUGUGGAGGAGCUACGUACACUAGAGGAGCUGAAGGUUCACAGAGAGAAGAGGGAGCGACGCAAGACUGUCCACUCCUUCCCCUGUCUCAAAGAACUCUGCACUGCACCAAGGUACAGUACGGAGCAAUGCUCUAUGAAGUUUCUCUCAAAAGUCCAAAGUACUGUAUGGGAAAAUAUGCUAAUAUGCUUAGUACAUUUGCCAAAUGACCUGAAUGUAUGGUGUUCAGAUUACAUAAGACUACAACCCCCCUGCUGUAACCUCGUGCUCCUCUGUGUGAUGGAACGCUCUACAGGUAUGAGGAUGGCUUCCUGGUGGCCAACCCCGGCAGUGUGGACCUGGUGUCUGAGCGUGAGCGCCGGCCCCUGGACGAGGAAAACGAGCGUCUAAAGGGCGUGGUCUCCUCCCUGAGGUCCGCCAUGGUGGCAGAGCGUGGCCGGAGGGAGGGGGCAGAGAGGGAGUGCACAGCUGUGCUGCAGGAGUUUGAGCUCCUGGAACAGCGCCUCCUGGGGGCUGAGGGCUGCCAGCUGCGGGUGCAGGAGCUGGAGGCGGAGCUACAGGAGAUGCAGCAGCUGAGGAGGUCCCGGGUGUGUCUGUUGGAUGAGAGUCUGGAGCAGACCCUGCUCAACAACGCCCCCGAGACCGACACACCCGAGGAGGGACCGGGGCAAGAGGAGGGAGGGGAGGGGAUGGGGGAGUCCGGGGGGACAGGAGGAGGGGGGCAGCAGGGAGGCCCCGUGAGGAAGAGCUGCAGUGACACGGCGCUCAACGCCAUCUCGGCCAGCGAUGCCUCGGGCAGGCGACAGGGCAGCUAUGCAAUACAAGCCAACGGCGCGCGCAAGCGGGGCAUGUCCAUCCUGAGGGAGGUGGACGAGCAGUACCACGCCCUGCUGGAGAAAUACGAGGAGCUGCUGGGGAAGUGCCGGCGCCACGAGGAGAGCAUGUGCCACACGGGGGUGCAGACGUCACGCCCCAUCUCCAGAGACCCCUCCAUGAAGGACUACAGCAUGGCCACCCCCGGCCCCUCCUCAGCCAUGGCGGCUGCUGCUCCUGCACCCCCCACCCCGCCCCAGACCCCCUCCACCCCAGAGGCCCUGGAGGGCAUCAGCCGGCAGGUAGACCAGGUGGACAAGAGGCUGGGCCAGAACACCCCAGAGUACAAGGCCCUGUUCAAAGAGAUCUUCUCCCGCCUGCAGAAGACCAAGAGUGAAGUGAACUCCACCAAAGGAGUCCCCAAGGGUAGAAAGUCCCCAAGGGUAGGAAGUCCUAAGGGAAGGAAGUCCAAAGACAAAUGA